AUGGACACCGGAGCGACGAUAACGCAGGCGGCUGACCAGGUGGUUGAUCCAGAAGUGCGCGCAUUCAUCUACAGCCUUGUCACUGCGCUUGGUGGAUCCGCAAACGACGAAGCUGGACGUUAUAUACUUGGAGACGAUGCCUUAGGUUGUCUGCGCGAUCUUAAGAAAUGGCUACGGUUUUACGACGAGAAAUUAAAUCGCCUGGACGUUGCGAGGUGUUUGGCUGAGAGUAACCUUGUCAAUGGCGACUUGAUGCCAAUUCUGACCCUGUGGGAUGAUAUUAAACCAAAUGACAAGUAUAAAUCAAGGAUAACUUUAGCAUGCUUAGAGUUACUCGUUCCGUUGACAUGGCCGGUUGAAAUUCAUAGCCAAAUGACCGUCAAUCACCACAGACACACACCAUACCUCCAGCGCGCUCAAAUAUCCUAUAAACGAGGGAUACUCGGACACCCCUCUAACUCAAUUCUCCGGUCAAUUAUCCGCAUCGGUCUCUCAAGCAUAACUACACCUCGGUCAGAACGGUCGUCGCGAGAUGAAGGAAUCAUAAAACUGGUUUUAUAUCUAUUCCGGAAUGUCACAAUAAUCAACGCUACCCCGAAUCUUGCCGUGGAAGGUGACGAGGAUGAGACCUCGAGAUCGGUGACGAUCAAUGCGUUUCAUAAUCAAGACGUGUUCGCCCUUCUACUCACCCUAUGUUCGAAUAUUGGAGAGGAGUUUGCCUUUCAGGAUGUUGUUCUCCUUGAAAUUUUGUUCCAUCUCGUCAAGGGUGUGGACGUGAAACAGCUAUUUAUGGAUGAGAGCCAGCGUAGUGCAACCCGCACAGAUGAGCUGAAAGGGCUAAUAGAUGCAGAGAGCUCUUUAAACCGCAAUCGUUCAAAGAACGCGCCAACUCGCCACGGUCGAUUUGGAACCAUGAUCUGGGUUAAACGAGAGGACGAGAAAAUGUCCGCUGUAUCAGGCCAAGAUGUGCUACGUGAUGAUCAAUCAACCUUUGCAAAAAUGGAUAAAACCAAGAGAUGGAACAAACCGAGAGGGAGACGAGGAGAAAUUGACGAAACUUCGAAUAAUUUUAACAUGCGGAUUCAGCUAACCUCCACUGCGCUACACAACCUUCGAGUUUUUGUCGAAGAGUUUUUAGAUUCAGGGUUCAAUCCCCUAAUGACAAGUAUACGACAAGCUAUGGAGCGUGAAUCCGACCGCCUGACCGAAUCCACAUCCCGUCACUUUUUCUUCGUCGGUUCUUGGUUUUUAGAAGCCGAACGUGCAAGGCGUUUGCAACAGGAGGAGGCUCGUCGAAAGGCGGCUGGUGCUGCGAAAGAGAUUGAGCCUGAUAGUUUUGCCCUUGUGGCCAGCGUUCUAAACCAGGAAACCUUCAUUGCCCUUAAUCGAUUUAUGCAAACUAGCCUUGACAACAAAGAGUGGCAAGAUCUCAACGCGGGAAUGCGCUCUUUUACCCAGACCUUGCUCACAGUCCAUGAAAUGACAAAAUCACCGCUAGAGGAGGAUCAGGAGAUUGCUGAGAAUAUCCAAAGUCGCAUUUUCUACGAGGAAUCAACUCAUGACAGGGUUUUGUCCACCCUUCGAGGUUAUAAAGACCAAGGAUUUUGGUAUCUUGAUGCCUGCACAGAGCUCGCCCAUGUGUUUCUCCGGAUGUUGGAACAAUAUUCGAAACAAAAUGUGGAUAUGCAAGUUCGAUCUAAGCGGAUCUCAAGGCGAAAGAAGAAGGCACAAAAUCAACAAAACCAGGAUAAUCCGGCAGAGGGAGAAGAUGGGUUUGAUAAUUCUGAAGACGAGGAAGCAGCAGAUAGAGCAGAAGCUGUCCGAAGCGUCGCGGAGAGAUCGUUUGAUCUUAAACGAUUCUCUGCUAAAUUCUGUACACAAAAUUCUGUCAACACGUUCGUUGCCUUAACCUCGUAUUAUCGAGAUUUGGAUUCUGAGCAGCUGAAACGUGCCCAUCGAUAUUUCUAUAGAGUUGCCUUCAAACAAGAAAUGAGUGUGCUCUUGUUCAGACUGGAUAUAAUAUCACUCUUCACGCGAAUGAUAAAGGGGCCGGAGCCUCUUCUUUCAUCAAGCCCUGCGUUUGGGGAAUGGGAAGAACUCAUCCGUCAGAUCCUGAAGAAGCUGGUUCGAAAGAUUGAUCAACGGCCGGAGUUGAUUACAGAACUCCUGUUUAGCAAAAUACCUGCUACUAUGCACUACCUGGAAUACGGGUACGAAAAACAGACACUGACGGUUGAAUCUCGGCCUGCUGCAGAGCUGGAAGUAAAACCCAAUGCUGCUAGAACACCCGACGAAGACAUACGAAUCGUUGUAUCAGCAUUGGUAGCAGAUGGUAGUGAGGAAUUAGUGCGGUGGCUAUGUGAAGUCUUUGAUAACGCACUCAAAGAUAGGAAGAGCUGGGAGCUUGCGGACCUGGCACUUGGAGUUCAAGAUGCUGCAGAAAAUGCCGACAUGGCACCAAGCACCCCUGCAAUAGAAGUCUCUGCACCAGAUGAAAAACGUCGAACGGCAAUGUUUAGAAAUGGCCGCUUGCGCCUCCUCUUCACAAUUGCUGGCCUGGAGUUAGCUGGCGAAGAUGUUCCUGGAACGCCAUGGACUAUCCCUGGGUCCCUUUCUUCCAAAGACCUUGAAGAGACACGCAACUCAAUACUGAAACACUGCGAUGACCCUGCCGCUGAGAUCGACGGUGUUGACCCUCACAAACUUAUACGUCGAAAGCGCAUAGCUGGCGCAACCGUCACCAGCGACGACCCUACGGCCCAAGUUAACUUUGGCAGUGAUUCCGAGGGAGAAGAUGCUGCCCUUGACGAGAUGCUAUUCCCUCCAAACCCCCGUUCAAAAUCAAACGCGCUUAAGGCGUUGAAACAAAAGAGACGUAAAACUAAGAAAGGCGAUGACGAAGAAGACAACCAUCUUGACGAGGAAGCCCUGGACGCUCGACGCCUCGCUCGUGAGCAGAAUGCACUUGCUCGACAGAAGAAGAUCAAGAGUAGCCUCUUCGUCAAUGCCAGUGAUGAUGAGACUGACGAAGAAGCUGAUCAAGAAUUCUUUGCCAGAGAGGCGGAAAGAAGGAAAACACAAGCCCAGCGCACUGAAGAGGCUAUGGAUAUAGAUGCACUAGCCAUUAGCGGGCAAAAAGAAGGAGGCAAGAAGCCAAGGAGAAAACGGAAACUGGCGAUCUCAAGUGACGACGAUGACGAAGAAGAUAGUAGCGGGCAUAGAAAGCGUGCGAGAAGUGAGAAUCCAGCGUCCGGGAGUGAUGAUGAUACGAAUAGUCUUGAAGAUAGAGGCUCUACGCGGAGACGGAAAGCGCAAACUCCGCCCACGUCUACAGAGGACGACCUCAUAUUUGACAUCAGGGAGAAAUCACCAGCGCCAGUGUUCCAAUGGACACCCACUGCGGAUGACGGGCCUGGGAAAUCUACGGAGGAACAUAACGGUGAUAGGAAUGAUGUUGCAUCUGACGACGAUGAACCCGUCACUGCGGUACGAUCACGACGACCGAAGGUGAUGGCAGGAUUUGUGAUUGACAGUGAUUCAGAGUGA